AUGGUUUCUUUGUAUUGUUUCCUUUUAAUUAAUAGAAAUAAAAAUCGACAGCUACACAAUACACAAAUUAAUAAUUCACUCACAGAAUUUGAUAGUAGUUGUACAAUGAUGAUGAAUUCCACGUCACAAGUCACUAAUAUGAUACAUUCAUACCGGUUACCAAUGUUUCCGACAUUACUUACAAAAUCAGAAAAUAUACAAAAUUAUUAUUAUAAAUCAGGAGAACAACGAACCAGUGACAUUGAUGAUACUACUACUGAUUCAAAUAAAUCACAUAUUACAUUAGCAUCGAUUGUAUCGAAUUCAAAUAAUUCCGCGAAAUUUGCAAAUCCUCAUCGAUUCAAUGAUCAAUUAAUAAAUAAACUAUCCUCCAAUCAACGUGGUGAAUCGGUAAAUUUCGCAAAUUUAAAUUCUACUGAAAAUAAAUCAGAUAAUCGAAAAAAGCAUGAUUUAAUGAAAAAAGAUGUCAUCAAUAGUAAAGAAAUGAAUUUAUUUAAAAAUGAAAUAGAUAAUAGUUGUAAAUCUAAAGAUGAUGAUAAUAAUAAUCAUCAUAAUGGCGCAAAUGAUCUUACUAAUCGUGUCAGACAUAUUGAUAAGUUAUUUUGUGAAUUAUCUAGAAAAAUGGUGGAUAAUUUAGAUGCUGCUACUCGUUUGAAUUUAAGCAUUAUUUUGAUAUUUUUAAUGAUUCUGAUUAAUAAUUUUAAGAAUACCACUGAACAUCAUGUACAAAAGAGCAAUACCAAUUCAUUUCAACAAUCACAUACUAGUAGAAUUUCACAAAUAUUUACCAAAGCUAAUCAAUUUUCAGCAAUCAAUUUAACCACUUCACUAUUUCGUAAUGCUUCAAAAGAAAGAUCUAGACGAAAAUUUGUAUGA